GUCUUUGGACGGAGGGUGGAUGAGAGAGUGCAAGAAAGGAAGGAAAAAAAGACAAGAAACAAUGGAGAGGCUCUUCGUGAGCGACCAGUGAUGCGCCGAACGUGGUGAGCAGUGGUCCAGCAAGCCUCUCCUGCUAGACAAUCUUCUCCAUCCGCAGUCUACCACACCCCGCCACCAACUCGUAACAAGUCAGACCAUUCUACACCCCAUCACAACGAUGUCUCUCACGGCAAUUGAAUAAUUGAAAUCAACUGCGCAAAUCAAUUAGGCUCCGAGUCCCGACUGAUUUCCCUGGAUAACACCGCCAAACCGAUCCAUCCACCAUUUUUCACACAGUGAUUUUUUUUUAACAAACCGGAAGAAAACGACGAAAAUGUUGGUCCCUUCGGAUAUGAUGGCGGCCCAGUCGAAGAUGCUGUACCAGUUGAACAAGUACUACGGCGAGCGGGUUCAAACGCGCAAAGGCCAGAUCGCCAAAACGUUGCGCGAAGUGUGCAAAGUGGUGCAGGACGUUCUCAAAGAAGUCGAGGUCCAGGAGCCGAGAUUCAUCUCGUCGCUGGCCGAGUGCAACGGGCGGUUCGAGGGGCUGGAAGUCGUUUCGCCCGGCGAAUUCGAAGUCGUCCUCUAUCUCAAUCAAAUGGGCGUCUUCAAUUUCGUCGACGACGGGACUCUGCCCGGCUGCGCCGUCCUCAAACUCAGCGACGGACGCAAGCGAUCCAUGUCGCUCUGGGUGGAAUUCAUCACCGCUUCCGGCUACCUGUCGGCCCGAAAGAUCCGCUCCAGGUUCCAGACGCUGGUGGCCCAGGCCUGCGACAAAUCGGCCUACCGCGACAUCGUCAAAAUGGUGGCCGACACGACCGAAGUCAAACUGAGGAUCCGCGAGCGCUUCGUCGUCCAAAUCACGCCCGCCUUCAAGUGCUCGGGAGUCUGGCCGCGCUCGGCCGCUCACUGGCCCAUUCCGCACAUGCCGUGGCCGCACCCAGGCCUCGUCGCCGACGUCAAAACCGAAGGAUUCGACCUGCUCUCCAAGGAGACGCCGGCCAUGACUGGCAAACAGUCGGCCAUGGAAGGCGACGCCUGGGUCCUCAGUUUCAUCGAAGCCGAGAACCGGCUCCUGGUCGGCGGAUGUCGCCGCAAAUGCCUCAGCAUUUUAAAGACUCUGAGAGACAGGCAUCUCGACAUCCCAGCCAAUCCCGUCACAACUUACAUCAUGAAGACGCUGCUGCUCUACGAGUGCGAGAAACAUCCCAGGGAGAUGGAGUGGGACGAAUCGUGCCUGGGCGACAGGAUCAACGGGAUCCUAUUGCAACUCAUCUCCUGUCUGCAGUGCAGACGCUGCCCGCACUACUUCCUGCCGUCGCUGGAUCUCUUCCGCGGCAAACCACCCGCCUCGCUCGAGAGCGCCGCCAAACAGGCCUGGCGCCUCACCCGCGAACUCCUCACCAAUUCACGUUCGUUAGAGAAACUCUAAACGAAUUAAUAAAUUGAGGAGAAAACAAAAAACGGGACAAAUUUUUCUUUGCCUUCGCAACCCAACCCAAAAGAAGAAGAAGAAGAAGACGGCGGGAGAGAAAGAAAAAGAAGAAAUUCGAGGAUUUUGUAAUAAUAUUCGAUAUUAUUCAUUCAUAGAUAAGUUUGUUGGUUUGUUUUUUAAUUCCUAGAUUUAGGGUCGUCAAUCAAAUAUUAUUACUAAAGAGUGUCGCGAUUCGUGGUGCUAACAAUCUAGAUCUAGACGCUCUUUGACAUACUACUACCCCCAGUCUGUACCCUUGAUGAUUAUUAAACAAGACGAAAUUUCACUUCACGUCCUCGUCUUGAACUAUUA